CCCGCAGCGUUGAACCUCCACUCGUCGGGCUCAAAACCUAGUAACAGUAGUACCACCGGGUUACUGCCCGCCUCUACAACCGUAAAUGUGGACUCCACACCGAAUUCUGGACACCAUGUACUCUUGUUGAGCCAUCAACUUGAAGAGAAUUACGGUAGCGGCGGGUCUGGUGCCUCAGCUAUAGCAUCGUCUCCAGUUCAACCAAUCACCAAAAAGAAGCCAACGUUGAGACCGCCCAUUCCGAGCAAUACAGUAAUGACACUGCAGACCCGCCCACAAUCAUCAGUAGCCAAUGGCGAUCGACAAGAUACGGUCAGUGCUCAUUUCUGUGGAGCAGUUUCCGGGGAGUCACAGUAG